AUGGCUCAAGCGGGCGUGGGGUCGUAUUCAAACCCAUUGAAGAAGUUCAAGCUUGUGUUUCUCGGCGAACAAAGUGUUGGAAAGACCUCGCUCAUCACACGCUUCAUGUACGACUCCUUCGACACCACGUAUCAAGCCACGAUUGGCAUUGAUUUUCUCUCAAAGACCAUGUACCUGGAAGACCGGACAGUGCGUCUGCAAUUGUGGGAUACGGCGGGGCAAGAAAGGUUUCGCUCUCUGAUACCUUCUUACAUCCGCGACAGCUCUGUUGCCGUUGUGGUCUAUGAUGUCACAUCGAUGAAAACAUUUCAGCAGACGAAAAAGUGGAUUGACGAUGUGAGAGGAGAAAGGGGCAACGACGUGAUUGUGGUAUUGGUGGGCAAUAAAACCGAUCUGGGCGAUGCGAAAAGAGAGGUUACAACUGCGCAAGGUGAAGAGGAGGCGAAAAAAGCUGGCGCUAUAUUUGUGGAGACGAGUGCGAAGGUUGGGCACAACGUCAAGGCCCUGUUCAGGCGGAUUGCCCAAGCCCUGCCUGGGAUGGAGGGAGACGGGGAAGGUGCAGGGCAGGGGCAACAGGCAAACAGUGAGUAUCAGCGAAGAAUACCGCAUGAUCAAGGAAAUCCACUAAUUAGAUCCCGCUCCAGUGAUCGACGUCGCCAUUAA